CGAGCUGUCUCUCAAUCUCCGUCGGGUUUUGCGUUUGCUUUCCUGAUUCGGUCGCUUCUAUGGACAUUGAGAGAUACUGAGCCGACCAGUUUAAAUUGUGGGAACAACAUGGUUGUCAAAGCUUAUCCAUUAGGAAUGGUUGCGAUUAUCAAUAACAAUGGCAUUGCUGAAGACGAAGGAGAUUCUGGAGUUGAACCUUAUGUUGGACUAGAGUUUGAUACUCCAGAGGAAGCAAGGGACUUCUACAACUCUUAUGCUACGCGGACGGGUUUUAAGGUUAGGACGGGUCAGUUGUAUAGAUCCAGGACCGAUGGUACAGUUUCAUCUAGGAGGUUUGUUUGCUCAAAGGAAGGUUUUCAGCUUAAUUCAAGAACCGGGUGUCCUGCGUUUAUCCGAGUUCAGAGACGAGAUACUGGGAAAUGGGUUCUUGACCAGAUUCAGAAAGAGCACAACCAUGAGCUUGGAGGUCAUAUAGAGGAGACUACUCCUCGUCCUUCAGUACAACAGAGAGCACCGGCUCCCACGAAGCUAGGCAUAGCGGUUCCACAUAGACCCAAGAUGAAAGUUGUUGACGAGGCUGAUAAAGGACGGUCAUGCCCUUCUGGUGUGAUCUCUUUUAAGCGCUUCAAAGGAGCUGAAGAGAGUGAUGGGCAGACACAGCCCAAGGCUACUGAACCGUAUGCAGGGUUGGAGUUCAGCUCAGCUAAUGAAGCGUGCCAGUUUUAUCAAGCGUAUGCAGAAGUUGUAGGUUUUAGAGUUCGGAUAGGUCAGUUGUUUCGAUCAAAGGUUGACGGAUCGAUCACCUCCAGAAGAUUUGUUUGUUCGAAAGAGGGGUUUCAGCAUCCUUCUAGAAUGGGCUGUGGAGCUUACAUGAGGAUCAAAAGACAAGAUUCUGGAGGUUGGAUAGUCGAUCGUCUCAAUAAAGAUCAUAAUCAUGACCUUGAACCGGGAAAGAAGAAUGCUGGUAUGAAAAAGAUAACAGAGGAUGUGACAGGAGGGUUGGACUCUGUGGAUCUUAUUGAACUAAACGACUUCAGCAAUCACAUCAGUAAAACCAGAGAAAACACCAUAGGUAAGGAAUGGUAUCCAGUGCUUCUCGACUAUUUUCAGUCAAAACAGGCAGAAGACAUGGGAUUCUUUUACGCCAUCGAGCUUGAUAGUAAUGGAAGCUGCAUGAGCAUUUUCUGGGCAGAUAGUCGGUCAAGAUUCGCCUGCAGUCAGUUUGGUGAUGCUGUUGUCUUUGAUACAUCAUAUAGAAAAGGAGAAUACUCUGUUCCGUUUGCAACAUUUAUCGGUUUUAAUCAUCAUAGGCAACCCGUGCUUCUCGGGGGUGCCUUAGUUGCUGAUGAAUCUAAAGAGGCUUUCUCAUGGUUGUUUCAGACAUGGCUUCGUGCCAUGUCAGGCCGUCGUCCGAGAUCUAUUGUAGCUGAUCAAGACUUGCCUAUCCAACAAGCUGUGGCUCAAGUCUUUCCUGGUACUCAUCACCGGUUCUCAGCGUGGCAAAUAAGGUCCAAAGAACGAGAAAAUCUCAGGUCGUUCCCGAAUGAAUUCAAGUAUGAGUACGAGAAAUGUUUAUACCAGUCGCAGACAACGGUCGAGUUUGACACCAUGUGGAGUGCUCUUGUAAACAAAUACGGCCUUAGGGACAACAUGUGGCUUAGAGAAAUAUAUGAAAAGCGCGAGAAUUGGGUACCGGCAUAUCUAAGAGCCAGUUUCUUUGGUGGAAUACCUGUAAACGGAGCCUUUGAUCCGUUUUACGGCACUUCCCUUAAUUCUCUAACGUCUCUUAGGGAGUUCAUUUCACGAUAUGAGCAAGGGCUCGAGCAGCGCCGUGAAGAGGAAAGAAAAGAAGAUUUCAAUUCUUAUAACUUGCAGCCGUUUCUGCAGACGAAAGAACCCGUUGAAGAACAAUGCAGAAGGUUGUACACGCUCACCAUCUUCAGAAUUUUCCAGAGCGAGCUUGCUCAGUCUUAUAAUUACCUCGGUUUAAAGACAUAUGAGGAGGGAGCCAUCAGCAGAUUUCUGGUGAGGAAAUGUGGGAAUGAGAACGAGAAGCACGCCGUGACUUUCAGUGCAUCGAAUCUCAAUGCAAGCUGCAGUUGUCAAAUGUUUGAGUACGAAGGACUUCUCUGCAGACAUAUCUUGAAAGUGUUCAAUCUCUUAGACAUUCGAGAACUCCCAUCUCGGUAUAUACUGCAUCGCUGGACCAAGAACGCAGAGUUUGGGUUUGUACGCGAUGUAGAGUCAGGCGUGACUUCUCAGGACCUUAAGGCCUUGAUGAUCUGGAGCCUGAGGGAAGCAGCUUCAAAGUAUAUAGAGUUUGGGACAUCGUCUCUGGAGAAGUAUAAGCUUGCAUAUGAGAUCAUGCGAGAGGGUGGGAAGAAACUGUGUUGGCAGAGAUGAGAAAACCAAAGUAAGGUCAUGUGUCCUGAUUCUUUGUUUCUCGAGUUUAAUCUAAAAUAUCUAAAUCUUCAAAAGCGUGCGUGGUAGCGAGGUUGUUUUCUGUUCUUGUCCAUCAUAGUUUCUCAUUUGGGUUGUGUUGUUGCCUCAUCGGCUGCAAACUCUCCCUCUUUUCUGCUUCUUUAUGAAUAACAUUGUUUCAUUUAU